AUGAUGUCAGAAGACGCUCCACCAUCAAGGAAUCAAGAAAUCAGUAUGUUUUUGGUUUAGUUUUACCAAUUUUAAAUAUUUUUUUAGUUUUAAAUUUAAAAUUUUUUGUUCAGGUAUCUCGAUGUCUCCGACAGCCCCUGGUGUCGCAGAAGUUGAACCAAAUCAAGACGAUAGUUUUGCGUUAUCAAAUGGUUCUACUAGGACAAAGAUCUGCGCUAAGUAAGUGACACUAUCUAUGUUGUUGAUGUUUUCAGCCCGGAAAUGGCACAGAUAGCAGCUAAAGUGGAAUCUAUAAAGAACUGGACAGUAAACAGGUUUAAAACAACUAAACAUUCUGUAUUUGAGCAGCUGGGAAAGGUACGAUUACCUAAAUUGAUUAUAUUUUACAUUUUAGGUUGAGAAAACGAUUGACACUGAUAUGGACAGCCGGAUAAACAACUUGAAAGACCUUCACAAUCGCUACAGAGAUGUUUUAACAGCGGCAAAGACAUACUCAGAUCAUAUACAAGCACUAAACACUUCUCAACGUAUUCUUUCUGAAUCUAUCUAUCAGCUUUCCUUAAAGGAGAACGAUCUAAAACAAACCCUGACAGAUCGGAGUGAAGUUCUUCGAGCUUUCAGUCAUAAUGGGGAUGCACUUAUCAAGUCGAUUGGACACUUUGUGUCUUCAUUGGAAACUCUUUGCAAUAAAACGAUCAAAGACACGAUGUUAACCAUCCAGGUCUACGAACAGGUAGGAGUUGUUUUUUUAUAACAAAUGGUUCAAAUGGUUUAUGCGAUGUUUUAUUUAUAGUCUUACCUUUAGGCACGGUUAGAAUAUGACGUUCACAGACACGAACUGGGUACAUUAAAACAAAAUGUGGAUGCUGAUCAAACCAAGAUUCCAGAGUUCGAAAGUCAAUGUAACGAACACAAGAAGAAGUACGAGCAGCUAAAGGAAGAUGUUCGGGUAAGUGCUUUUCAAGUUUUUAUGGAGUUCAUUGUUUAAAUUCAUGAAUUUUUUUUGUUCAAACUUCAAAAUUGAGUAUUCAUUUUGUAGGUAAAAAUUGCGCUUUUGGAUGAAAAUCGACUAAAAGUAAUGCGAACACAGCUCAAGCAGUUAGAAGACGGGUUGUCCCAUUGGUUUGGGGAAAAUAUUAAAAGUCUCGAGCAGAACAGUCCUCGAGAGCCGCCAAAUCACGAUGAAAUGACAUUUAGCCGCGGGGAAAUGAAGCCGGCCUCUUUUUUGGAACAGUAA